UCUACUUCGUCAAAUACAUCAAUGAUUGUAUUUUUAGGUUAGCCCAAUUCUGUGGCCUACUUACAUCUUCAUAAGGCAUUUAAAAACAUUUUCUUAAGUAUAGCAUUAAUUUGAUGAAUAAGCCUAACAUACAUUUAAAUGGCGUCAAUUUCAAGAUUAAAUAAAAUUGCUCUGUUAGGUUUAGGUGCUGUUGGUGGUACUUUUGCUUAUUAUCAGUUCGGUAAAUCGGAGAAUAAAUUUCACGUUCAAAACUCUUGGACAACAAACUAUACGCCGAGCGUAAAAUGGGAAAAGAACUGGGACCAUCGUGAACCUGAAUCAAUAGUAAAACCACUAAAAACUGACAAACCAGAAGAUGAAAAUCGGUAUAAUGAACAAAUUGAAAAGGCUAAGGGCAAAUCUGUGAGGCACUUGUUCCUAAUAAGACACGGCCAGUAUAAUUUAGAGGGAGCAACUGACAAAGAGAGAGUUUUAACGGAAUUAGGAAGACAACAAGCUGAUCUAACUGGUAAAAGGUUGGCAAGUUUAAACAUUAAAUGGGACUUACUUGUCAAAUCUACUAUGACAAGAGCUCAAGAGACAGCUGCCAUUAUAGCAAAACAUUUGCCACAGGAUAUCGAAAUAAAAGAUUGCCAAUUGCUCGAAGAAGGUGCUCCCAUCCCUCCGGAGCCUCCCGUAGGGCACUGGAGACCGGAACCCAAACAGUUCUUCCAGGACAGCGCGAGGAUAGAGGCGGCAUUCCGGCGCUAUUUCUACCGCGCUCCGCCAGAACAGACGCAAGACACCUACACUUUGCUCGUAUGCCACGCUAAUGUCAUUAGAUUCUUUGUUUGCAAAGCCCUCCAGUUCCCACCAGAAGGCUGGCUAAGGAUAUCUCUGAACCACGGUUCAAUAACUUGGGUGUCGAUUUUACCAAACGGUAAUGUUGUGUUACGUUCAUUAAGUGACACGGGACACAUGGAACCAAAGUACAUAACUAGCCGGUAAAUACUAGGUGCUAUGUAAAUUAUACUUGUCGCCGUAUAUAACACAUCUUUACGUGCGGUGCUAGCAACACGUUCUUAUUGCUAUGUUGCUACUCAACUGUGUAAGAGUAUAAAAAUAAAUUU